AUGCAGCAUAAUGGAGCAGGCGAAACCCCGAACGGAGAGCCGCCUCCGCUCUCCUUCAGCGCCGCAGCUCCGCUCCAAACGGCAGCGUCCCGGGUGAGGAGGUUCGGGCAGGAGGGGCGGACGGUCCCUCCUCAGCCGACAGUGAUGGUGGUGUUUUCGGCUGCGAGUGACUCUGAGAAUCCGGGAGAUGCGAUGUCAGGCGCGGACUCCGGGGAAGAGGUGUAUCGCAAACCAGUCAUUCCUGUCCCUAAUCUUCAUUUGGGGAAGCCCCUUCGCACUUUAGACGUACCUGAGGAGUUCCCAGAGGUUAUCCCCCUGAAUGUAGGAGGAACAUAUUUCACCACUCGGCUCUCCACCCUGCGACGUUAUGAGGACACAAUGCUGGCUGCCAUGUUUAGUGGCCGCCACCACAUUCCCAGGGAUGCAGAGGGACGAUAUUUCAUUGACCGAGACGGAGCAUAUUUUGGGGAUAUUCUGAAUUUCUUGCGAGAGGGUGAGCUGCCUCAUAGGGACCGUGUUCGUGCGGUUCACAGGGAAGCUCAGUAUUAUGCUAUUGGGCCUCUUUUGGAAAGCCUUGAAGACACGCAGCCACUUACCGGAGAGAAAGUGCGACAGGCUUUUCUUGAUCUUUUGCCCUAUUAUAAAGAAAAUCUUGAGCGCAUCGUGGAGAUUGCAAAACUUCGUGCCAUGCAGCGGAAGGCUCGUUUUGCAAAACUGAAGAUCUGUGUUUACAAGGAGGAGAUGCCUAUCACCCCUUAUGAAAGACCACUGUUCAAUUCGCUGAGAUUUGAGCGCUCAGAGAGUGAGGCCAAGCUGUUUGAGCACCAUUGUGAGGUUGACGUGUCCUUCGGGCCCUGGGAGGCAGUGGCAGAUGUUUAUGACCUUCUUCACUGCAUAGUAGGUGACCUGGCAGAGCGGGGCAUCUCUGCUGACCAGCAAUGCAUCGGUGUGUGUGACAAACACCUCAUCAACCAUUAUUACUGCAAAAGGCCAAUCUAUGAAUUUAAAAUCACCUGGUGGUGAAGGUGAGGUGUUCUAGCUGAUGAUUCUAGCCAAGAACUGAGAUGUGCAAGUCUGAGCAAAUGAUAUUUGCGGCUGUCUACAGUUAUAUGAAACCAGCAGGAUCAUGGAGUCCUACUCGAAAUGAGUGGAAAUAAUGACAAGCUUUUGAAAAAGAUGGCUAUAAUUGUGGCAUUUGCCCUUUUGUUUCUUCAGGAAACUGCGGUUUGCAACUCAAAUUUUAUUUUAUGGGCAGCUCUAUUGAUUCCUUAGUUUUUGUAAGUAAUUGUUUAACUUAGUUAAUUUAGUAUAAAACCUGGAAUCAUUUCGUCCAGUUGUAGUUCUAAAGGGAUUUUCUGGAAUCGUCCUCAGAGGAAGUUAACUUAUGUGAAACAGUGUUUCCUGUUCUAAAUAUGACAUCCCUUAAAUAUGUUUCCGUGUUAGAUGGAAUGCAGUAUGAUCAAAGAAUUAGUCAACUGGACCCAUACUCUGAAAAUUAAGUGUCAUUACUUGUGAAGUAUUUCUUAAAAACAACUUUUUCCCUAAAGUAUUUUAAAAUACCCCAUUUGUUUUACAUGACUUAUAUACGUAGGACCUGAUCCAUGUCAAGUUUCCUGUAAUGAACACCCUAGAUAGUGCAUAUAAUGACUUCAACAAGAAUACAAAUGUCUGGAAUUUACAGCCACUCAAAUCUUCACAUAAAGCCUUAUAAAAUAUUCAUACAUCCCAUUAAAGUAUAGAAGUUUUUUUAUUCAUGUAAAAAAAAUAAACGGUUCACCAAGUUUAUGUACUAAAAUAUAUAUGACCUGAAUAUGAAUUAAAAGCACUAUAUUUAAAAUUAAACUAAAGACUGUUAGCCACCUUACUGCUGGAUAGAUUGCCUAUUUUGCUACUUUGACACUUUAUGAAGUUAUUUUCUGCUGCCUAUAGCAUUUGUCUAUGCUUUUAAUUGCCAUAACCCUCAGCAAGUUUAGAUGAUUUAGCAUUAUUUAUUUUAGUCAUCUGAAACAUCUGUCUCUCAUUGGUUUGCUUUGAGAGCUGUGAAGGCCAUGUGAAGUUACAAGAGCUCUCUGUGUUUUGGCAGCAGAAUAUCUAAUACCAGUUAAAAUGCACAGUAUAAUCCUAACUGGGAUUUAGUUUCAGUCUUGCCCAGUUGAUGUUAUGUUUCUCAAAUCUAAACCGAUGCAUAUUUGUUCUCUGUUGUACAUUUGUUAAAUACUGUUGUUUGUAUUGCAUUACUGUACUGGCUCUUAUUGUGCUGAUAAUAAAC